AUUACGCCUUUCUUCUCUCUUCUUUGCUUUAUUUUGCUGCUCUUCAAUUCUCCUUUCCUUUUCCUUUUUCUUUUCCGCCCCUCUUUGUUUCAGAGUUGGUUUUAUGUGGUCGUUUUUUUUGUCUGAAUUUUGUGUUGCUGUCGGGUUUUUUGUCUGAAAAUGGAGAGGGAUUUCUUGGGUUUGAGCUCUAAGGAGCCAUUGGCUAUGGUGAAAGAGGAAAUCGACAACGAUGGAGUCCAAGAUUCUGGGUAUACUACAAGUUCUGGCGUUCCAUGGUCCUCUAACAUGCCCGCCGCCCUUCCUCAUCUGAUGCCUUCCAAGAUUUCUGCAGGGGACAAGACUUCGAAGCUCGCUUCUGAUCCGGUCGUGGUUACCUCGGAUGAACAAAGAGCAGCUGAAAUACAGAAAACGUUCAAUCACGAUAGGCAAGGUGGUCCUCAUUUUUCCCUGGAAGCUUAUCCUGUGCAACCUGAUAUGUAUUCGACUUAUCGUCCUCACGAAGCAAAACUAUUUUCAGUUCCAAAUCAAGGUAUAUCAGUUUUCUUAGGCAAUCCAUCCUUGAAGAACCCUUUUGCUCUUCCUGGUCAGAUGACUGGUUCUAUCCUCAAACAACCACUUGGAGGAGUCCCUGUCUCGAGUGCUCCAAAUUCCCUUUUCCCGCCGUUCGGUUCCAUUGUCGGGACCACUGAACCAUGGAGUAGCAUGAAACCGACUGGUGGAUCCCCAGCUCAAUUGACUAUCUUUUACGGCGGUACCGUCAACGUCUACGAUGACAUUACCCCCGAAAAGGCUCAGGCUAUAAUGUUCCUGGCUGGAGCUGGAGCUGCCAUUUCCAAAAUUGCACAUCCAAAAGCUCAACCUCAUGGAAUAGGUGCAAAAAUGGCUGCAGCAAGUGACGUUCCUCCACCGAACCAACCCGUAACCACCUUGCCAUGUCCUGCUCUCUCGAGCCCCUUGUCCGUUUCUUCUCACACAGGCGCCCAGUCUGCGAGCGGAUCGAGCUGCACGGAUGAGUUGAGAGGAGCUAAAAGCAAUAGAGUUCCCACUCCUAUCAGCAAAGGAGAGCCUCUAAGAAUAGUCAAUCCUAUUGGAUCUGUCACUGCUACUGCUAUGAUGCCCUCUGCUGUUCCACAGGCUCGUAAGGCUUCGUUAGCUCGGUUUUUAGAAAAGCGCAAGGAGAGGGUGAUGAGCUCUGCCCCAUACAAUCUUAGCAAGAAAUAUUCGGAGUGUGCUGCGACAGAAUCGAACGGUGCAAAUUUCUCGAGUCCUAUCACGGGCAACAGUGCUAAUGUGGCAAGCUAAGCACAACGAUGGUGUAUGAUGCAGAACUUAGAUAAGAAUGAAUUUUAUAUGAUAUUUUGUACUAAUUCUUAUGGUCUAUUAUCAUCUGAACAACAAACCUUGAAGGGAUUGGACUAUAUUCAAGUUUCAAAGUUCCACGUCUUAAAUAAUAUUUUCCUAUACAUAAUUGUUGUAGGGUUGUGAA